AUGGAUGCUAUCGCAUCACUCGACCCGCUCAUAAAAGCAGUCUACUUGAUGUAUAAGAGCGACCCUCAAUUCCUGAGUCAUAGUAUUGCGGAGAUUGUGGGGAUUUCCACGAUGAAUGUGAAAAGGAGAGUUUCUGAUCAAUCCACCAGCUCUAGCGGCUCAAAAAGCUCACGAGCUUCCAGAGAGUCAAAAGGCUCUAGAAAGGGAAUACUAUAUCGCUCACGUACUUCUAAUGAAAAGCCUGAAACGCUUUUCCUUGAGCUGGUAAACAAGCUAGAUUCACUCGCUAACGGCUACGAUACAGAGAUCAAAGAUUUGGGCAUGAGCACCGAUGAAGAGCAAACAUUUAUCUCAAUGCUGCUGACAUUCAGGAAUUUGUAUAAUACGGAGGAGCAGGAUAUUAACAAACUGGUCAACGAUUUUCAGAUGGUGGCAGCGAAGGAAAUUCACUCGAGAGAUCCAUCCAAUGCAGCUGUUCAUCUCGUUUAUCUUGCUCGAUUUAUUGACUACCUACUCAUGUUGAAGUCAUCUAGUCAGCAGAAGGACACCCUCAUAGCCCGCAGAAAUGAAGUUUGCGCUAAGAGAUUUUAUCCUCAAAUGAAGAUCCAAGAUUUACCAAAAUUUGAGGUCAUCUCCAGGGUGUAUGGCGUCGAGUUUCUGCAUUUGAAUAAUCGUGUUCUGGCUUUGAAAGGUGAGUGCCGCGAAGUUGACAUCAUAUACGAAUUGGAGACAACGGACACAAAAGGUCAUUUCAAGAAGUCUGACUUUUCUGAUCCGGGCGGAUAUCGUGAAUGGCUCCAAGGAAAGACGCUCUUUUUCCGCAAAGCUCUGGACAGGUUCCAACAAGAGCGAAUUCACUUUAACGUGAGUAAAUCUUUUCCACGCGCUGUGAGUCCGAAAAACCGGUACCAGACGUUUAAUUCGGUGCUUGACGUUUUUAUGAGUGGUUCGACAAUGUGUCCUGUCUGCCAAGAGAUCAUUAAAGAUUGCAUGUUUGUUUGGCAGCUUGAUGGCUACGAGGUUUUUAUGUCAGUCAUCAAAGCUUAUCUUAGAAGACGUGAUUACAUUGAGAAAGACGACGCGUUGAAGCUUGCUAGAACCUUACUGGACUUCAGCGGACUUCCAUUCAAGCCAGAAAUGUGGCCCGUCCCUAUCAAGUCGCAAAUUGGCAUCACAGAGAGUUUGAAUGCCCCGAUAGUGCGAAGUGUGCCCCCCCUUAUGUCUGAGCUAUUUAAUCCUACCACUCUGAGUGAAAUCCUUGCCCGCCUUGAGGAGGUUCGGCGCACAAGCUUCUUUGGGAUUCCAGAGAGGACCAAACUGAUAAUUACGCAGCAGUUUCCGAUUUUAUCCAAGCAGCGCUAUAAAAAAAUGGUAUCCAAUAUUGAAAAAGGCCCGAUCACAUUGGAGAAAGUCUCAAUCCUACUAAAUUAUGUGGUGCAAGAUUUACAGUAUUUGUCAGAUAAGAUACCAUUGCAGUAUGAUACUUUGUGGGACUUUUGGACCAUCAAGUACGAUCUUGCAAAAAGGUCUCUUACCGAUGUGAAGAGAAUGGUGAGCUCACUUGUCCCCGAAACCAUAAUAGAUGCCUCCGGGAAAUGGAUCAGAAAGCACACAACACCCACUGGCACCGAAAUCAUGAAGAACAUCCUGUCAUGUAUGAUCCUAAUUCGAGAUUUAGCCCUAUUUCCUUUACAAGACUACUCCAAAAUUGUGGAGCCUUACUUCUAUCCUGACUAUUACUCACAGUGUCAGGAUUGGUGCUUGUCUAUGAUCGAAGAAACUUCCCAAGUGCUACAGGCAGAAACCUAUUCAGUCAAGGAUUCCUAUUACGACAAAAACAUCUAUUCUGUUUUUAACAUAUUCCUUCGUUAUCUAUCCAAAGUGGAGCAAUUGAAAUGGACAAAUAAAUUACAAAACGCCAGUCUUUUUACACUGGUGUAUGGAACUAUCUCUAACGUUUUGAAUGAAUAUACUGAGCAUUGUACUCAAGAUAUCAUAUUUCAACUCCAGGAAACAAAUGCGUCUUCUGUGAACCCAGUGUGCUACUUGAAGAUAAACAAUUUAUACGCCAUGCUCCGACAACUGGACGGCAUAUUCAGCGAGGAUAUGAUUGAAACCAUUUCUUCCGUAAUGGAAUCGUCAGAGACAAAAAAAGGCAGCAGACUUGUUGUUCUGAAGGUCAUAAGUGCAGAGAUUUUGAAUGGUACAUUUGCACCUACCUCUUACGUACAGAUCUCUGGCUGUCUUAAUCAAAGAACCAGAGCCAUUCGGGGUGAUUGGCUACCUCAAUGGCAAGAAGAGUUUUUUGUGAUCAUUGAUAAUGAAGGUUCGCAAGGACUAAUAUUUGAGCUGGUUGUCAACAAUAAUGUGGUGGCCGAAUUUGCAUAUGACUUAGAUUUAGAUUCCACGAAUGUUGGAACUGAGAAGACUCUCACAUUAACAAAAAGCAACCUUAUCAGUUUAAAGUGUUCCUACUGGUAUGAGCAGAUGUCGCCUGACCCUCUGCAUUUCAGUGGGAUGACCCGAGUUAGAUUAAUUGCAUCAACCCAGAGAAUAAUACCCUUCCUAAGUUUAGAUCUUACUGAGAGAAUCAAAAGUCUGUUCACCAAGGCUGCCCUAUUAGAAAUGAAAGCAACGAACCUGGAAACUUAUAAGGUUGGUGAUUUUCUCGAAGCAGAAGAUAACCCUGACCGGAUAUUAGAUAAGAGCGUAGUCGAAAUUUGUGACCACAUUGAUAUAAAGGUGUCCCAGCUGAAGCCUGUUUUGGAUUGCUUAGCAAUCAAUGAUAUGAUGAUUUAUAUCUGGUCUCAGAUAGUGCAAUGUGCCAUUGAACUAGUCAUACCCUCACCUGCAUAUCUCAGCAAGAUACGAUGCAAACAUGAUGAUUUAUGCUCAAUGAUGGAAUCAAUGGGUACUGCAUCUGUGUCACCAAUAGCACUUGCAGCAGACGAUUUUGAGCGAGUUGUUUCCUGGGUCUAUAGAUUGUUUGCUGGGGUUUGUUCUUAUUUACCUUCCGAACAACACAACCUGCUCUUGACCGGGGAUUUCUAUGGAUUCCUUAAAUUACGCUCUCUAUACCAUCAGACUUUAUCUGACAUACAAAAAGAGUACAAAUUGUGCGUUGAUAGAUGUGAGAGCUUGCUACGGUUUCAAGUCGGAUCAGGUACCAAUGUCGACGUUUCCCGGUCCAUAGUGCGUCAAAGCACUAAGAAGAGACGCAAUGAAUUAUUGCAAGAGGAGACAGAUUUGCGAAUGGAAAACCUUGCCUUCACUAUGAGAGAAAUCUUUUUGAGAUUAAUGUUUGCGAAAGACGGCUCUAGAUCCAUUGAGUAUAUUUGCCAAAGCAUGGACGAAUACGAUCGACUGACAAAUGAUAUUAGAGCCGGAGAAAAAAAGGGAUCAAAAAGAUCCAGCAGAAUAAAUAGUCCGAUUUAA